UGGCACCAAAGCCAUUCAAGCAAAUUACUGUAGACACAAAAAAAAGAAACAAAGAAAAGAAAGAAACUGUAGACAGUGCUACACUUCUGCUAGACGACUCUAGUGAAAGUGUGAAACUGUGAAAGGGAAGCGAAGAAGAUGACAAGCCACCUGUCCCUGUCCCUAUCCAUCCCUCCCCUUUGACCCCCGACAUUCCUUCCACCCAUGGACGACCACGCCGGCGGGCCCCACGACCACCGCCCCUCGCCGCCGCCGUCGUCGGACGCCGGCAAGCGGCGGCGCGUCCCCAACGUCCGCCUCGCGGGCUCCGUCCCGCCCCCCUCCCACCUCCCGCACCCGCGCCGCGUCCCCAUCGUCCCCGCCACCAGGUCCCGCAUACCCCUGCACCUCCAGCAACCGCACCAGCACACCAACCACCACCAAAUCCCCUCUGCUGACCCGCCCCAAACCCUCCCAAAACCCCCCGCCGACAGCGGCGACGACCUCGUCCUCGCCGCCGCCUUCCCCCGCAAGCCGAGGGUUCCGGCGGGGCCAGCGGCGGCGGGGAAGGCAAACGGAAGGGCGGAGGGGACGGACACGGAGACGGAGACGGAGGAGUACGAGGAGGCGGGGGAGGAGGUGGCCGAUGUGGCGGGGUGGCUGUGGGGGAUGGGGAUGGGCCGCUACGCGGCGGCGUUCCAGGCGCACGAGGUGGACGCCGCGGUGCUGCCCUGCCUCACCAUGGACGACCUCCGGGACAUGGGCAUCGGCGCCGUCGGGGCGCGCCGCAAGCUCUUCUGCGCCAUCCAGAGGCUCACCCCGCCUCCGCCGGCACGGAGGUGAAACGUUCUGCCUGCCCCCCUUCCUGCUGUGGGCGUGCUAGCUAGCUGGUUCGGCGGCCUCGCCUUGCUAGGGGACUUGGGAUGCGCGGGGCGUAGGAGUAGCAGGUGUCCAAAGUGUAAAAAUGGCAAGGUUUCAUCUUUUGCUUAGCUCCAGAAAUGGUAGCAUGGUCGGUUCGAGGCUCGGGCGUGUAGUGCGUAAAUGUGGAUAAGGUGAAACAGAAUGCUAACUCUAAUGCUUUUGGUGUUGUAUAGUGUUUUCAUGGAAAUGCUAGGUGCUGUGUCGUAGGCUGUAAAUAUGAAAGGAUGAAAUGGUAAUGCUGGGUUGCUUUGCUGACCUCAUGUUUCGAUA